AUGCUAGUGGCCCUCUCCAGACAUGGAUUGGUGUUUGCCUCAUUUAACAUCAUUCAACCAUGUUCCUCAAGAGUUGUGUUGAUACAGCGAGAUUUGAUGAUGAUCAUGUGCUGCACACCUGGUGCACACCUCAGGUUGACGAUGUUCUGAGCUUCGGGUCUCGAAUAUCAAGAAUCUUCUCAUUUUAGAUCCUUGCACUGAUGGGCCUCAUCAACUGUGCAGGAUUGACGGUGUCGCUCUUUUGGUCUGCAUUUUCAGACUCAGGUCCUUUUCGCAUGGUUUUCUCCAAGCUUCUGUGACAUGCGUGUCCUACGUAUGCCUCUCUCCGGCAAUGCCAUGAUCGGCCUCUCCACGGUGAAUUGCCUGAACGGCGGCAAGGGUCGCUUGGGCCCUUGCGUCACGGCCUUGGGCAUCAUGGCAUGUGUCAUGGGCGCCUAUCCCCUGCUGAACUUCAUCCCGGUCGCCGCUCUGGCGGGGAUCAUGCUGGUGGUGGUCUUCCACACCUUCAAGUGGUUCACCAUCCCCAUGAUCUUGGCCGCGCUGCUGCCGCGCAGCUUGCGCAACAAGCUAAGCUUACAGCGCAAGGUGCCCAGGAUUGACGCCCUGGUGAUCAUCAUCGUCACCAUUUUGUGCAAGUGGCCGGCAGGUACCAACAUCGCGGUCGCCGUGGGCGUUGGGGUGGCGAUUUGCUCCAUGUCAUAUGCCUGGCGCUCGGCUGAUACUUUUGAGGUCAUUGUCAGUGAGGAGAAUGAGAUCAAGACCUACUUCGUUCACGGGCCCUUCUUUUUCACCUCAGCGAACCGCUUCUUGAAGAUCUUGAAUGCUGACACAGACCCCGAGGUGGUCGAAGUGGUCUUCAGCGAGGCGACGUCCCUCUUUGACUAUUCGGCCAUGCAGGCGAUGAACAAGAUCUCGGCGGAAUAUAAAUCGAAGGGCAAGCAGAUCCUCUUCAAGUCCCUGUGCUCCAAGAGCACGAAGCUCCUCAUGAAGGCCCAACAUCUCAUGGCCGAGACGGAAUACACCGAGCGGGACAUGGAGGCCGGUCCGAUGAGAAGCGCUGGGACCGGAGACGUCCCCACCCGGAGAGGUGCCGAAUCCACCGAUUGGAAGAGCUGCCGUCGCUCGCGGAUCAGGCUCACCACAGGGCGAAAGCUAUGGCUCAACGGCCCUUGUUUUGGCCAACCCGAACCAGGCAAAUGGUGGUUGUUGCAUCCAGGCAUCACUGGUCUACAGACUCUCGGCGAGAUGCCCCCACUCCACUCCCCAUCAUCCGGACAUUCCCAUUUCCCAACUAAGGUCUUUCCUUGGAAACUUCCGAUCAAGAAGGGCUGUUCCAUGGUCAUCGAUUCGCCUCAAAAUGAACCCACGCACCUUUUCCGUCAGCGGUGGUGACGGGAAUUGCUGCUAGAACACGCUGCUGCACCACGGAAACGUUAAGGAAGGUCACGGUAACGUUGCCGGGUGAUGAAUAACACCCCCGCAACGGAGAUGUGAACCGUUUUUUAAAAAUGCAUUGACUGUACUCUUGAUUCAUACCCCCCCCAUAUGAAAAGGAUCGGGGGGGUGCAUUGAUCAAGAGUCUACAUUAAUUUGGUGGUUCCAAGUUUCCUGGUCAUCGCAGCUGGACGUCGCCCGGUUCGCUGGGUGGAGCGACGUGGCCACGACGUUAACGAUGAGCAGUCGCAUGGUCACAACGGUGGAGUCCUCCACACAACGGCGGUUCGGUCCGCCAAGUUGUUCCGAAAAGAGCUGAGCCGCUGAGCUGCUGAGCUGCAUGGCACGGCUCUUUCUGGGAGGACGCCUAGUUGACACUUGAGUCUAAUCGUGGUGCACAUUGAGUCUCAUCGUGUCUUCCAAAAUGAGUCGUUUGCCUUUUCAAAGCUCCACACACUUGCGCCGCGCUCUUCAGUUUCUCGGCAGGUGGUGAACUUGAAGGGUGUGGAGGAUGACCUUGGUGAUAUCCCUGAGGGCCUCCAUGGCGAUUUGGGCCUGGCUUUGGAGAAGUUUGGAGUUCCCAACCACCGCAACGGCAGCAAAGAAUCCGUGGUCAACCACGACGACUUGAGGGUGGUGGUUGGCAGCAAUGAUGGUGAUUUGCUCAAGGCCCCGACAAGGUCGGUGUCGCGCAUGAACAAGAAGUCUCCGGGUUGCAUCAUGGUCUGCCCCUGCACAGGGGGCGUGUGAGCAUCUCGCGCGAAUGCGCAAAGGUGCGGACGUGUUUCAACCCGAUUUUUCUCAAUAUCCUUUGAACUAGGCCCGCCCUCCCAUGGAGCGCGAAUAGAACUGCAGAGGAGGGAGAAGAAA